AUGCGCUUGCUUCAUGCCUCGGCUUUUGAAAUAAGAACUUUUCCGGAUGGCGACACCCCACCGUAUGCCAUCUUGUCACACACUUGGGAGGAGGAAGUAACCUAUGCCGACUUGCAGGAUUUCCAUAGUACCUACGUCACAGAGAAGAAGGGAUUCGGGAAAAUUAAAUCAAGCUGUCGUGUAGCUAAUGCUGAUGGCUUCACCUACAUUUGGAUUGAUACAUGUUGUAUUGAUAAAUCCAGCAAGGCUGAUCUGACGGAAAUCGUCAGUGCAAUUAACUCUAUGUAUCAAUGGUACGGAGAGGCCAGCAUAUGCUAUGCUUACUUGGCUGAUAUUGUGUCCAAAGAGGAUAUUGGGAACAGCAGGUGGUUCACGAGGGGAUGGACGCUGCAGGAACUCAUCGCUCCACAGCAUAUCAUCUUCCUGAACAAAUAUUGGGAGCCUAUCGGGACAAAGGGCAGCUUGCAGGCUGGGCUAUCCGCGCGUACGAAGAUCCCUGUAGAUAUUCUCUCGGGUGCUGUGAACAUAGAGAAUAUCAGCGUGGCGCAGCGGAUGGCCUGGGCUGCUGGAAGGCAAACUACUAGGUUGGAAGAUCGGGCGUAUUCCCUGUUAGGUCUCUUCGGGAUCAGUAUGCCGUUGCUGUAUGGAGAAGGCCAUACGGCCUUUCUCAGACUCCAAGAAGAGAUUAUAAAAGUCUCGGACGAUGAAAGUAUCCUUGCCUGGAAGUCGACAAAGCGGAAGAAUCAUAGUGGGCCCCUCGCAACUUCUCCAGACGAUUUUUCUGCGUCUGAUGAUAUUAUCCUCCGACAAGACCACUAUUCAGUGGGCCGCAAGGCUCCCUGGGCCGUGAACAAUAAAGGGCUGCAGCUGGAACUGCAUUUCUUAGCAACCGGUGGUUGUGGGGCAGGGCUUGCUAUUCUCAACUGCACACGACUGGGGAAAGAAGACUACUCCAUUGCUAUCUACAUGGUGGAUAAGUUUCUGACGCUGGAUCGGUUCGAGCGAGCUGAAUAUGAUUGA